GAAACACCAUUUUGUAUCUAAAAAAUGAAAGGGAAUAGUAGUUCUGUUAAGGACAAAACCAAUCCAAACACACAUAUUAGUAAUGAUAUCUACAUAUAACUUAUGAGCUAAACUGGAGGGACAAGAGAAGGUCUUGUGAGAGAUAAAUAAAAGGAAAGCGAGAAAGGCUGAUGAAAUUCGUAUUGGAAGACUCUCGUGGGUUCUUUUCCUCCUUGCCUAUGGCUAAGGUGAGUUAUCAUCAGGGAAUGGCUCCAUAUGAUUCCCUUUUAGUUACUUAUCUUUUAGGAAAUAUCCAUGAAGCAUCAACAAGGGAGCCUCCACUUUUCACAUUCUGUUCUUUGUAGUGAACGUAUGGAGCCUUAUUGCGCACCUUGUCAAAGGGUUCCCUGAGCCAAACAUCCUCCAAGUUGGAGUAUAAUAAUCCUUUAGUACUUGAUCCUUUUUUUUUCAUAUGAAUAUUAAGUAUUGGUAAGAAAAGUCUGUAAGCUUAACUGCACACAUUUAUAUUCUAGGAUUGCCUAACGUGCGAGAUGCCUGAACAUAGGGGGCAAAGCCGAAGCUCUACAAAUGCUUAUUCAAUUUUACAACAUUUCCGAGGGGAUAGAUUAAGAGGGUGGAAUGUGUUCUUAAUAUGCAAACAUUUAAGGACUUAAUGAAUUACUUAAAACUUUAAUGCCGCAUAUAAUGGAUUUAGGGCAAUUUUUUUAUUUUAAAAUUUAAUCAAUUUAUUCGUUCAUUAGAGGGCCAUACACAUGCACAUUACCCCUUUAUAAUAUAUCUCCAUAUAUACGUGUAGCGAUCACGAUAUAUGAACUCAUUUUUUCUAUAAUGAUCAUUUAUGAUCUCCCUAAUUGUCAAUACCCGAUUCCCGGAAACUGAUUUUUUCAUGCGAGUAUCUACAUGUUUGAUACCAAGAGCAGUAAGAAUGUUGAAUAAAUGUACCAAGUUUUUAAAAAAAAGUGAAUCGAUGAGGAGUAUGGAGGGAGUCUUUAGUGGCAACUUCUUAAUUGUUCCUCAUAUUUGAUUGUCACCUUUAAUGCAUUUUGUAUAAGUGUUUUCUUAUCAGUUCUAGCAAUGAUCUGAUCAGGAAUAUUUUUCAACAACAUGUUUCAUUCUCUAUUAUCAUAUCGUGUUUUGUUAUGUAAUUAUUAGGACACAACAAAAGGUCGAUUAAUUAUUCUUUGGCAUGUCUUCUACUUCCAAAAAUGUCAAAGGGUUUUGCUUUUCUGGCAUUGCUGUUGAUGAAAAGACAACGUACAUCGUAAACGUCUGCGGCCAUGACAAUUUGGAGAAGCCAUUAGCGAAGAACAUGACCCCCGUUCCUGAGGAAUACCUAGAUGAAAGAGGAAUUGAUAAUUUAAUUAUUCCCAUUUCCGUUUGUGAGCCUUUAAAGCUAUCGGCCUCCGAUUAUGACUAUUGUAUUGACGUCAUGGUCCAUUCAUCGGUGGUGAGUCGGUGUGGCAAAGCGCACCCCUUGGUGAAGCACUUUAUUUCACGAUUGAUGGAGCUUUCCACGGAGUGGAUCCAAACGGAAUGGGGGGCGGUACUGCAGCCGAAGACGUGCAAACUUUUGGAUUUUAAGGUGUUUAGGCCUAAAGGGGCCUCCACCGGCGCCUCCGAUCCUCUGGAGGCGCUCAAACGCGCGGCGGAGGCGGCGCUAUCCGCGGCGAGUCAACAGGCCGCCAACUCGAAUGUGGAGGAGGCGACGCAAAUACCCGAGCCCUUGCGUUGUGUAGGAACCCCACACGCCGCAAAGGAGACCCCCCCUUUAAUCCGCGAGGUGAUCUCCAACUCGGGCGUUCAAAAAGGAUUCCUUCUCAAUACAAAAGGACGUUUAUACGACGAAUCCGGAUCGUCCGAGGGUGAAGGAAAGGUGUUUGAUCAGUUAAGCCACAUCCCGGAGUCGCUGCGGAAGCGAUGUAAAAUCAUCAACGUAGGGGAUAUGAACGCGAAUACGGUGAAAACCACGCCAGCGGCCCCCGCCCCUCCUCCCCCGCCCCCUUCUAUGGAUCCUCCAAAGAAGCCAAGGUGGGAGUGGACUUUAUUAUCGGUCGACCAGAGCGAGAGCCACAUUACCGUACGAUUAAAGCCCUCCGACGCGACCAUGUCUUUAUCAGAGGUCGAUCUAUCAGUAACCAAACAAGCCAUUGAUGUGGAUCAUUUUCAUGUCGAUUUACCGUGUAUGGUUGAUGUGGAUAGUGUGAAGGCAAAAUAUCUGAAAUCGUCCAAUGUAUUGGUAUUAACCUGUGGCGUUCUAACAAACUCUGCAUGAAUUUACAUAUAAUAGAUCUUUGGUUUGUGUUUACGCGAACUUUCACAAGAAA